AUGCCGGCUAAACUCUUCACUAACCAAAUUGAAGAUCUAGACUAUCUCAUUCAGAAAUUAACUAAAUCCGAGCAAACUUUGAUCAAAGAUAAAGUUCUUAUCGAAUUAGUAGCUAUAAAACUUGCUCUAAACCACAACCAAGAAUCUCUUACACAAGAACAAUUCCACCAAUUAUCAAUCAAUUCUCAGUCACUUCGUAAAGAAGCCAAAAACACACCCAUCUACCGCGAAAUCAAAAACAAGCACCAACCCCGCGGCUUACAAAUCGAGAAGAGUAAAGAAGCAUCCAUCUGUCUUCUUUCCCAAAAAGAGAUCAGUACUCCUCUAGCCGCACCUUGUGGCCAUCUUUUCAACCAAGAUGCACUAGUCUUCUUCUACCAGACCACCAAGCGCAAGAAGAACUUGUUUGUCUGUCCAUACAUCGGCUGCAAUCGCGACUGGACCGCCGACAAAUUCAUUCCUAAGUCAGACUAA